AUGAGAGUCAGAGAGUCAGAGAGUCAGAGAGUCAGAGAGUCAGAGAGUCAGAGAGUCAGAGAGUCAGAGAGUCAGAGAGUCAGAGAGUCAGAGAGUCAGAGAGUCAGAGAGUCAGAGAGUCAGAGAGUCAGAGAGUCAGAGAGUCAGAGAGUCAGAGAGUCAGAGAGUCAGAGAGUCAGAGAGUCAGAGAGUCAGAGAGUCAGAGAGUCUGAGAGUCUGAGAUCUGAGAGUCUGAGAGUCAGAGAGUCAGAGAGUCAGAGAGUCAGAGAGUCAGAGAGUCAGAGAGUCAGAGAGUCAGAGAGUCAGAGAGUCAGAGAGUCAGAGCGUCAGAGAGUCUGA